GAUGGUGAAAGAGAUGAAAAUGUCUGAAGGUGAAGUACUGUACACAGAAGUCGAAUUUACGAGGGGAGCGAGGGCAUGCACCAAUGAGACAACUUCCUCAUCAGCUGAAACCACUUACUCUGAAGUCAGGAUCUUGAGAACUGAACCACCUGCAGAGCUGCCUGGCGCCCAACAAGCAGCAGAGCCAAACGAACGAUCCAAGGUGACAUGGCAGACCGUGGCUCUGCUGGUUCUCAGUGCUCUGCUGGCAGCUGCCGUCAUUGCUCUCUGUGUUACCUUAAAUAAGAACAUUCAAACUGCGGAACAUCUCCGAAAGCUGCAAUAUGAUCAUGAUGCUAUGAAAAAAAAUCUUUCUGAGACACGCUGUGAACCAACACCAUGCAGCACAGUGCAGCCUACAUGCCCCACACCUCCUGAAGUAAAAAUAAAUCAGCCAUGUCAGAAGUGUGAAGGAGGCUGGGAGCAAGACGGAGGACAGUGCUAUUUCUUCUCCAUCAGUCGUUCAUCCUGGGAAGACAGCAGAAAUGAAUGCAAACGACGGGGAGGAGACCUGGUUAAGAUAGACAGCAGAGAGGAGCAGAGCUUCCUGAAAAACAGACUACAAAAAAUGGAUAAUAGAGACAAGUUCUGGAUCGGACUGACAGACUCAGCGGUAGAGGGUGAAUGGUUGUGGGUGGACGGCUCACAACUGAAUAAAAGUUUGAGUUUUUGGUUUUGGCAGGAGCCAGACAACUGGAGACUGGAGAAUCCUGAUGGAGAGGACUGUGCGAGGAUGGGGGAGGGCUGGUGGUGGGAUAAAUCCUGCAAAGCCCCUCAAAAAAGUAUUUGUGAGAAACAAGAAGAAAUGGGACGGACUGCGGUUACAUGUGUCUGAAAUCCAGUUAAGCUCGAGUCCUCAGCCAGUUUAACAAUCUGUGGCAUGAUGCUGUUACUGAUAAAGCUAAUGACAUAAACAAUGAAAGAGCAAACACCUCAUUUAGAAUCUAUGAUUAGUUAAUAUUUCUGGACGUUUACUACUUCGGUGUUAAGUCUUUUCUCAGUGUUUGUGACCCGGAGAAUUAAAUAUGAGUCUUUAUGACAACAAUAAUGUAACGGUUUAGCUGUGUUUUAGUGUACAAACAAAAAUGUAUAUAUAAAAAGAUAAACAUUUUCAUUAAUGAUUACAUUUCAUUAGUCUGUCUUUAAAUGAUUAAUCAAUAACUGAGGUUUUAAAUGAAACCAUUAACAAUUAUUAAUUAUAUAAGGGUUUUUAAUAUUUAUUUCCUGUACUGUGAAUAUCAUUUUCAUCUCACAAUUCCUGUUUUCUUCCAGCUUUUUCUUUUAGUUUAAUGCAAAAAUGCCAAAUUAAUCAAAUUAAUAUGAGUUUAUAAUUCAUUUGUUUUUUAGUUAGUUGUAACAUUUUAGAGGUCUUUAAUUACAGUCAGUGAUGAAUAAAG